AGGUAUAAUAUCGUCCGGCCCUCGGCUUCACCAUCGACAGCAAAGCGACAGCCAAGCCAAACCCUUCAAUCCCCAACCCAAUUUGCACAGCUGAAAAACAAUUGCCUUUGUCUUUUACCCCCCUCUGUCGAACUUGUCUUUCUGCUUCCAAUUUCAUCCAACCGUGUUUGAGCAACAUGGCAUCGGCGUCUCUCGUGAACCGCAAAUCACCCAGCGAUGUGUUUGCCAGUGCCGUGACUGGCAACCUCGCGAGCUCGACCAAGAGCAAUGCUCCGCUCGACCCCCCAACCAUGGCCAGGCUGGCCACGGGCAUCAUUGGCCCUAGCCCUACGGUCAAGACUCUGAGCGCCUCGGCUCGGGCGAUUGACUUUCGUGUUCUGUACUCGAUUGAGGGUGCCUCGUCAGGCCCGGUUCUCCUCGAUUUUGUCCAUUGCACCGAGGCAGCAGCAGCCCAGGACCUCUUGAAGCAAUACCUUGGCACCUUUGACGGCGAUGUGAGCGCUGUCACUCAGAAGACAACCAAACCCCUCGGCCAAGUCUCUCUGCAGACUGGAACCAGUGUCUUUUGGGUCCGGGAUGCCAUCUGGGUUCGAGUCCAAAGCCUGUCGUCCGAGGUCCCCAAGGCCUCUCCGACUCCCCCCAGCAUGAAGCUCUCCCCCCAGACGGCUGGCACCUUGCCGGCGGCUAGGGGUGGCCCUACCACGUCUGCCCCAGCAGCGGCGGCUCCUUCCUCUACCGGUCCCGCAGCGUCCACCGCCAACCCCGUUCUGGCUGCCAUACUCCUCCCCUUUGCCGAGUCUCUCGACGCACAUCUGCUCAAGUUCGCCGUGCCGCCCAACCAGCAGUUCAAGCCCAACACAGCCGUCAAGACGUCGUCGUACAAGGGUCCGCGCGGCACCGAGUUCAGCUUCCAGCUGGCGGAAGCGACGGGCACACACGCCAUCAAGCCGGCACAGCCCGCGGCCGGGGAUGCCGCUGCCGGCCGGAUUGUGUCGCCCACCCGCAACGGCUCAGCCACGGGCGAGUACCGCUUCCUGGGCCAACGCAUUGGCAAGGGCAAGGUGCAGUUGAUUGUGGCCAGGGCCGACAACCUGGCAGUGGGAGCGGCCGAGGUGACAGUGGAGAUCACGGCCAAGUAG